AGCUGAUCCACUUUCCUCACCGCUCAGUCUGGACUGCAGACCUGCUCCUGUUACCAUGGAGACCAGCUGCUGGUUUCUGGCUGCUUCCCUCCUUUACCUGGCAACAGGCCAACAGGAAGUGAGCAUCUCCCAACAGGAAGUGAGCAUCUCCCAACAGGAAGUGAGCGUGCUGCAGGACGUCAUGUUGGUGUGCCGUGGCGGCGUGGCUAACAUCUCUGUCCUGAAGUGGAGCCGGCCGGACCUGAUCGCCGGCGGCUACGUUUACUUCUACAGGAACAAGCGUAGUUUUGAGCGCUACCAGCACAGCCUCUUCCACGGCAGAGUCAUGCUGCGGGACGCCGCCAUGAUGGGCGGAGACGCCUCGCUCAUCCUGAGGAACGCCAGCUUCCUGGACGCCGGGACCUACGAGUGUCACCUGCAGGGGGCGGGGCCAGGCCCCGAGGUCCGCCGCUCCAUCAACCUGACCGUCACAGACACUCUGGAGACGCCGGCGGCCAUGAUGGACGGCGGCGCCCGGCCUGCAGCUGCUGAUGGCGACAGUGGGAAGGAAACAGGAAGAAGCAACUCCCUUGUUGCUGCUGCAGUUGCAGUUGUUGUUGCCAUAGUUGUUGUUUCCCUUAAAGUUACAUUAGAGAGAAAAUAUUUGAUCCCAAUAAUUUAAACGGCUCCAUUCGUCUAUUUAUUUAUUUAGUAGAAAUUAAAUAUAAAAUAAAACUUCAAAUUUUAUUAGAACCUUUUAUUUCUGUGAAGAAUUUUAAAUAUUUGUCUGACAGGAGAGAUCGUUUUAGAAUCUUUUUCACCCUGAAACUUUUAAUAAUUUUUUAGUCAGAUAUAUAAAAAGUUUCAUGUUGAAUGAACAGAUUAGUAAUUAUCAGUUAUUGAUCGAUAAUUCAGCCUCUGACAGAAACUGUGACUCAGGAUUUACCUGAAACGCUGAGAGGAUUAAAAUUCCCACAUGAUUCAAACUGAAACGGAUUUUUAUGGUUUUGGAUCAGAAACAAAAGUAAAACUUUCUCAUUAUCUGAUAAAUCUUCAUAUUUUCAUCAGAAGUUGAUUUUGUUGCUGUUAUCAUCCACAGAAACAUGACAGACAGUAAUAAAAUAUGAAAUGUUUCAUCACGGCACUAAAAACCUUUAAAUCGUGGCUGCAGGUCAAUAUUAGGAAUAACUUUGAUAUUAAUCCAUGUUUUUCUGAACAUUCAAUCUUCAUACUGAAUGUUUAUUUAUUAUGUUCUUGUUAUUUUUAAAACACAAAGUGAAACAGAAACAAGUUUCAGUUUCAUUCUGACAUUUAUUUCUUUUUGUUCAUUUCUGAAUCUCCAGUUUAGAUGUUUGAUUUCAUUUCUCUGUGUUUAGAACCGUUUGGUGCUUAUUGGAGUUAAUCAGGUUAUUUUAAACAAGGAAGUGCGAUGGAUGAAUAUGAAGAAUUAAUGACUCAGAUAAUUGUAGGAUGAAUAGAGAUUAUUGUAAAAGAAAUGCAGAAACAGGAGCAAGAGGAUGAAAAAUGUUCUGAAGGAACCAAGUUACAGUUUGGUGGGGAACAAAGUUCUGCAUUUAAAGGAUAUGAAGCUCAUAAAAACAGCAGGUACAAAAUAUACGAAAAA